AUGAACGUCUAUCAGUUUGAAGGGGUAUGUAGCCUUCGAGAUAUUGAUUUAGAUAAAUGGGAUGAACAGGUAUCUACUGAGGAGAUUGAAAUGAAUUUGCAGAAACUAAAGUGGAAUCUUGAUCCAGAAGCAAGUCAAGUAAUUAGUAUUGAUUCAGAAAUUAUAUGGUGCUUAUCUGUGGAGGUGGAAGAUGAGUAUAAAUAUUAUAUGGGGCUGGUAAAACAUAUGGAGAGGUCAACUCCUCUUUGUAUCAGAGAUGUAUGUAAUAAGUUUGUGAUGAGUUAUAAUAAUACCAUGUAUGAGGAAGUGCCUAUCGAACUCUCACAUAGAAGUUGGAAUGAGUCAGAAGAAGAUCUUGUAGGGGUUGUAUUUGGAAUUCUCAAUAUAAUAGAAAGUGUUUGGAAAAAUCCAGCAUUUGGGAAGAAGUUCGCAAAAUCUCAAAAUGAAGAGACAUAUGUAAUGAAUAUUAUAGUUCCUGUAGUAAAAGCUUCAUUAAAAAACUACCAAUAA